CAGACCUGCCCAGGGAGGCACCGAGCAAAGUCACUGAAGCUCCGCCGAGCCGCCGCACCGGACACCACCUGUUCAAAGCCGGACGCCGUCUUCACCGAGCCUCCCUCUGGAACCGUAGCAUGACGGACCGGACCCGCUCGGAGCCAGAAGUGGAGUGAAGCCGCGGAGCGCACCGGGCGGACGAGCCGCAUGUUGAGCCCGCAAGUUCACUGACACAACAAAAAGUCGCGUCGACGGCGAACGGAGAGCCGCUGAACGGAUUUAACGGAGCUCUGAGGGGGACAGCGGUUCCGGCAAAAUGAAAUUCGCGGAGCAUCUUUCGUCCCAUAUCACUCCGGAGUGGAGGAAACAGUAUCUCCAGUAUGAGGCAUUCAAGGAUAUGCUGUAUGCGGCGCAGGACCAAGCUCCGUCCAUAGAGGUCACAGACGAAGACACGGUGAAGAGAUACUAUGCCAAGUUUGAGGAGAGGUUUUUCCAGACCUGCGAGAAGGAGCUUCUGAAAAUCAACACAUUCUAUUCAGAAAAGCUCGCCGAAGCCCAGCGGCGGUUUGCGACUCUGCAGAAUGAGCUGCAGUCGUCGCUGGACGCUCAGCGGGAAAGCAACGCUCCGCCCGGCCUGCGGAAACGCAAGACCAUGUUCCACCUGUCGCAGGAGGAGCGCUGCAAACACCACAACAUCAAGGACCUGAAGCUAGCCUUCAGCGAGUUCUACCUCAGCCUCAUCCUGCUCCAGAACUACCAGAACCUGAACUUCACGGGUUUCCGUAAGAUCCUGAAGAAACAUGAUAAGAUCCUGGAUACUUGUCGCGGUGCCGACUGGAGGGUGGCUCACGUGGAGGUGGCGCCUUUCUACACCUGCAAGAAGAUCACACAGCUCAUUACCGAGACGGAGACGCUGGUGACCACGGAGCUGGAAGGAGGCGACCGUCAGAGGGCCAUGAAGAGGUUGAGAGUUCCUCCUCUGGGGGCAGCUCAGCCUGCUCUGGCCUGGACUACCUUCCGUGUUGGUCUCUACUGCGGCUUCUUCAUCAUUCUGGCCAUCGCCUUCGUUCUCACCGGUGCCGUUUUCAUCCGCUACGAGAACAUGUGGCCUCUAGUGCGGAUCUAUCGCGGCGGCUUCCUGUUGAUCCAGUUCCUCUUCCUGUUGGGCAUCAACACGUACGGAUGGAGGCAGGCUGGCGUGAACCACGUCCUCAUCUUCGAGAUCAACCCGAGAAACAACCUCUCACACCAACAUCUGUUCGAGAUUGCCGGUUUCCUGGGCGUGUUGUGGUGCCUCAGCAUCCUCUCCUGCCUCUACUCGGAGUACACCUACCUCCCCAUGCAGAUCAACCCCCUCAUCCUGUACGGCUUCAUGCUGCUCUUCCUCAUCAACCCCUUCAAGACCUGCUACUACAAAUCACGCUUCUGGCUCCUCAAACUUCUGUUCCGAGUUUUCACGGCUCCGUUCCACCGGGUCGAGUUCGCAGACUUCUGGUUGGCCGAUCAGCUCAACUCUCUGGUGGUGGUUCUGAUGGACCUCGAGUAUCUCGUCUGCUUCUACAUCUUCGAGCUGCAGUGGAGCAACAGCAAAGGCCUGCUGCCCAAAUUCAAAGAUUCUGGAGACUACGUCUGCCACAGCUACUCGUACGGCCUCCGCGCCAUCAUCCAGUGUCUGCCCGCCUGGUUCCGCUUCAUCCAGUGUCUGAGGCGUUACCGUGACACCAAGAGGGCCUUUCCUCACCUGGUGAAUGCUGGGAAAUAUUCCACCACCUUCUUCGUCGUCACCUUCGCAGCCCUUUACGCCACACACAGAGAACAAGGACACACCGACGCCGACAUGUUCUUCUACCUGUUGAUCGUCUUCUCCACCAUCAGCUCUCUUUACACCCUGAUCUGGGAUCUGCGAAUGGACUGGGGCCUGUUCGACCGUGGAGCCGGAGAAAACACCUUCCUCAGAGAAGAAAUAGUUUAUCCACACAAGGCCUACUACUACUGCGCCAUCAUAGAGGACGUCAUCCUACGUUUCGCCUGGACCAUCCAGAUUUCUCUGACCACAAUGACCAAGAUCCAUUCGGUCGGCGACAUCGUGGCCACCGUGCUGGCUCCUCUGGAGGUCUUCAGACGUUUUGUGUGGAACUUCUUCCGUCUGGAGAACGAACACCUGAACAACUGUGGUGAGUUUCGUGCGGUUCGGGAUAUCUCCGUAGCGCCGCUGAACGCUGACGACCAGACGCUGCUGGAGCAGAUGAUGGACCAGGAGGACGGCGUCCGGAACCGCUCAGGCAAGAAGACCUGGAAGCGAUCCUACAGCCUUUCGCUGCGACGCCCCCUGCUGUCCUCCUCACAAUCCAAGAAGGACACAAAGGUGCUAAUCGAAGAUACGGACGACGAGGCCUUCAGCUGAGUCCACAGUGUCAACAUGCACACACACACAGACACACACAUACACACACACACACACACACACACACACACACACACACACACACACACAUACACACAUAUACACACACACAUAUAUACACACACACACACACACACACAGACACACACAUACACACAUAUACACACAGACACAUACACAGACACACACACACACACACACACUAUACUUAUAAGGACCUCAUUCACUGACAACCUCGACCUCCUCUGUUCUAGUUUAAUGAGUCCUCACCUCUAUAGAAACUUACCUCAUCUUUACAUUUCUGUGAUCAGAUCUUUAUAAGUAUAGAAACACACACAGUACGAAGCAGAAACACACACACACACACACACGCACACAAACCUGCCGAAGCACAAACACACAGUCGCACCAGAGAGCAAACGCCACACAGUCAGACAGUCGGACGGACGGACAGACGGACAGAUGGACGGACAGACAGGAGAAACCACACUACCCGCAGGGUUUUUUAAAAAACGGACUUCUUCAGUGUCUCGUUUACUCUGAUAGAUUUAGUUCCUUUAUCCUCUUUAGUUCCUGGCUUUUAUUUGGGAGAACACAGAGACUGUUUACACGCCUUUUUAACUCCGCUAGGAUCAGCAGGGAGGAGACGAAGCCAACCUAAAGACUCACAAACCUGAGGAAGGACUCGACACUCGUCACAGCAUAUCAGAACAGAUCAACCGGUUUCAACUUGUUGACUCUUUUUAUACUCCAUCUCCCUGUUUUUUUGCAGUUUUAACAGCAACCCUGGACGCACUUGCAGGAAAAGUGCAUUUAAUACACAAAACAUGGAGGAGGGGAAGAAAAAUGUACACAAAAAGUUUUGAUUCAAUCAUUUCUAGUCUGUGAAGUUUCUUUGUAAUAUAUUUCCUAUGUUUUGAUGUGUUUUGAUUACUUGACUGUGGUUGUUCAGUACUUCUACAUGUGUUCUUUCUACCAGUGAGACUAGUUUGAGCGUCUUCACGGUGAUCGUCAACGUAUUUUAUAACUUUUGGAAUGUUUUUCUCGGUUGUGCCACGUUUUUUAAUAAGCUCGUAGUCAAACCUCCCCCCAAACCUCCAGUUAGCUCAGAAAAGGCUGUAAAUCAUCGUGUCGUUGACUCAAAGUGCCGUUAACUACAGCUAAUGUGCAAGCAUCGCUUCUCUCUGCACUGAUUACCAAAGCUUUGUUCUAACCCUCCUGUUGUCCUCAUUUACAGGCACCAAAAAUAUUAUUUCCUUGUCUGAAAAAAAAUCAAAAAAUUCAGCAAAAAAUUCCCCAAAUUUAUGAAAAUUUGCAAAACCUUCAGGAAGAAAAUUCCAAUAAUUCCUUAAACGUUUCCCUUAAAGUUUUAUCUUUUUUUAAAAAAAUCCCCCAAAUUUGGCAAGAAAAUUCUUGUAAAUAUUUUCAAAAAAUGAGUAAAAAUCUUCCAAAAAUCCUAAAAAUAUCUAAAGUGAUUCCAUAUAUAUCAGUAAAACUUUUCUUUAAGAACAUUCAUUAAAAAAAUCAACCAAAAUCCAGCAAAAUUCGCUGGAUUUUGGUUGAUUUUUUUUGUGAAUGUUCUUAAGAAACAUUUUUAACAUUUUUUUUCCACCAAAAAUGUUCAAAAAUUUCCCAAAAAUGUUGAAAAUGUGGACAUCAGAAGUUUCACUGUGAUUUUUUUCCCCCCCACAUUUUCAAAUGUUAAAAAGGGUCAAUUUGACCCGCAGGACGACAUGAGGGUUAAUGAACGUGACUGUGGCUAAAGCAGCCAGAACCAGAACCUGACACUUCUUUUAAAGUGUUUUUCUUUCAUUUUCCACCUUGGAUUGGACUGUUUUAGCUGUAACAUGAGCAGAAUUAGCAGUAUUACUGUCAGCAUGUGCGUACAGUAGAAUGAUCUGAUGCUCUGUUUGUUAUAUUAAGAGGCUAAAUGAGUGCAUAUGUCAGUGGAUCUCAAACUAGCAGCAGGAUCAGGGAGUUAAAAUGUAAAGAAUUGACAAAAAAUUGACUGAAUGUGAUAAAAAGAGGUGCAUUACCAAACAAAAGUGCUGCGUUUUUAGCAUGAAAUACAGUCCAAAAGUGUAUUUAGACAGAAAAAUGGCAUUUAAUGUACGAAAUGGGCAGAUUUUUGGAAAGGGAUAAAAGGGAAAUGACAAAAGUGACUCAUUAAUCAGUCAAAACUAAAUAUGAAAAGGCCGACCUUGCUUUUAUUAAUGGUGUUUCAAAGCUUCUGCAGUUUUGGGCGAAGUUGAAAAUGUGUUAGCAGUAGAGAUGAAGUUUUUAAAGUGAAGCUUCAGUUCGAUAUUCGCUGAUUUAAAACACUUGAUGAAGCUUUAACACAAGAAACAACGUCAAAAUUGCGAGGAGGAUUUGUAAAACCAUCGACAACAGUUCAGAUUCUGCACACUGCAUAAUAUAUGGACUAAAAUGUUUCAAUCUUUCGGAUUAGCACAUUUCAGCUUGAAAUUGAUUAAUUGUUCAGCUGUAGUUUGCAAAAAAAAAGCUACACUGUGAAAAAAUGCAUGUUCUAUAUGAGGAUGUUAGAAGCCGAGUGGUCUAACCUGCAUAAAAUCUGAACUGAGUUUUACAUAAUUUCUGUAAUAUUUUAGUUUCAAAGUGGUCGAACCCAAAUACAGCGUUCUACUGGCGCUUCCAGUGUUAGACCAUUCUUGAAAACACAAAACCCAUUUUACUCAAACACUACAGAAAGUGGGUUAGACCACUCUGCUUCUAAACCCUUCAGAUAAUGUGUUUUUGGGGGAUUUUUUGCUUUCAUUACAUAAAGAAAUGAAAUCGUAGUGGAGAAUUACAUGCAGUAAAAGGCCGGAGCAGCAACUCUGCUCGUGUUUGUUUCUAGUUUUCUAUUGGCUUUAUUACAUUAAAAAUGGCCAAAAUUAUUCUGUUAUUGGCUUUAUUACAUUUAAACCCUAACUCUAAACUAAAGAACUGGUCAUGGCUAAAAUUCAUGCAAGCCCCAAAAAAUCCCUUCCCUAUCUUUCGAUCUGUCCAUCCUUCACGUCCUCUGAGAAGCUCCAGUUCAACUCUUUCUUCUUUCGACAAAGCCAUAUUUAAUCUGUGGAGGGUAAAACAUUACAGUUACUGAGGUUUCCUGUGUGUCCAGACUUUAGGGACACAUUGCUUCAUCAGUUUUGAGUCUGUAAAUCAGCAGGUUGAUUACAUUCAACGCCUUUUCCAGCUGAUUCCUGUUUGUUUGUGGCUAAUCUUCAGCGUUUGUUUGAUCAGAUCUAGUCCACCAAUCGUAGAUAAACUGAGAUGAAUGUGCUGUGGCUCCUCCUCCCUCCUCACACCUGAAGAGCUGCUGGUUGUCAAGUUUAAGCGAGUUAUUGCUGCUGUUUUCAGAGAAAUGAUGGCGACUUUACUGCCGGUUUGUGUGCGUUUGACUUCCUGUUCCUGUUCGACCUCAUUAACCCUCCUGUUGUCCUCAUUUACAGGCACCAAAAAAUACUGUUUCCUUGUCUGAAAAAAAAAAUCCAAAAAUUUAGCAAAAUUUGCAAAACCUUCAGGAAGAUUUUUUUUUUUUUUUAAAUUCCACAUUUUCUACAUUUUUUGGGAAAUCUUUGAACAUUUUUUGGUGGAAAAAAGAAAUGUUAAAAAUGUUUCUGAAGAACAUUCACAAAAAAUCUACCAAAAUCCAGCGAAUUUCGCUGGAUUUUGGUUGAUUUUUAUGUGAAUGUUCUUAAUUAAAAUAUUAGAAGUUUCACUGAUAUAUAUGGAAUCACUAUAGAUAUUUUUAGGAUCUUUUUGGAAGAUUUUUACUCAUUUUUUGAAAAUAUUUACAAGAAUUUUCUUGCCAAAUUUGGGGUUUUUUUUUGUUUUUUUUAAAUAAAACUUUUAAGGGAAACUUUUAAGGAAUUAUUGGAAUUUUCUUCCUGAAGGUUUUGCAAAUUUUCAGAAAUUUAGGGAAUUUUUUUGCAGAAUUUUUGGAUUUUUUUCAGACAAGGAAACAAUAUUUUUUGGUGCCUGUAAAUGAGGACAACAGGAGGGUGAAGAAACAUUUUUAACAUUUCUUUUUUUCCACCAAGAAAUGUUCAAAGAUUUCCCCAAAAUGUUGCAAAUGUGGACAUCAUAAGUUUCACUGUGAAAAUAUUUUCUUUUUCCCACAUUUUCAAACUUUAAAACGGGUCAAUUUGACCCGCAGGACGACACGAGGGUUGAAUCGACUCUUUGCUCGAAGCCCAGAGAGCUGCAAGACUGAUUUGUUACAGAAAAGUUGGGUUUCUUUUGUUCCCCUUAAAGACUGGAGAGCCUCUAUGUGCAACGAGCGAACUGAGAAGCUCGAGAGUAAAAAACUGUGUUGCAUCUGUUGUAAGUUUAGAAGGUGGACCGCUUCUCUGUCCAUUUCAAACACACUGAACAUAAAACAUGACACGCUGCACACACACGGCCCACGUCGCCUCUCUAGUGUCGGAUAGUUUUGUAAAAAGGCUCUGUUGUCUUGCCUGCAUGCUGCUUUUGUUUUUACAUUGUACAUAGAUCCUAAUUUAUUUGACAUGAUGUGUAUAUUAGUAAAUCGUUGUAGCCGCUGACAAUGAUGGACUUCAUACGUCGCCAUGUUUCGCUCCGGGAUUCGCGGUAUUUUGUAGGUGACGAGGAGCUUUUUUUCCCGUUCACAAUCCUGCACUCUUUUUUUUCCAUGUGUAAAUCUGUUGAAAUGUGUUUGUACAAAGCUAGAAGAAAAAAACAAUCCAUAGAAAUGGAGAACGUGAUUGAUCGUAUCUUGUUGGUGAUUCCUUCGUGUUUGGAGGCUCCGUCAUCGAAGAUUCCUGCGUCCCGAAGCCGUUUGUACAUUUGUGAAUGUGCAUUUUAAUCAUUGUAAACAGAGGACUGGCAUGGGGACGAACCCCAGUCCAAGAUGCUGUUCAACUGAUCCCAGAUCUGCCUGAACAUCUCAAGAACAGGUGGAGUUUUAGCGAUCAGCGUCCGUUCGAUUUGCGUAACCAGCUGACAAAAACAGAAACAGGGUUUUGUACAGUUUGACGAGACGAUGACGGUCAUGAAACCCCGACAUCUUGUUCUUCUCAUGAGUGAAAACCGCCUGAUUUCGUUUUCACUGCUUGCUGAAACCUCCAUGAUGUUAAAGUGCUUGAUAUGUGUCCUCCCCUCUGUCGCCCUCUAGAUGUUGUUUGUACCUUCUCUCUCUAAACUAGAUGAACGUGAUAGUAGCUGUAGUUUGGUAGGUGGAUGUUCUACUUUGAUAAGAUACUAAAAAAAAAAAAAACCUUACAGAAUAAAUACAUUGUGGCUUAAUGUGAUUUUAAGAGACAUAAAGAAAGGAAAAUGUCUUACAGUCUGAACCAUCCUCCCCCGAGUUCCUUUUACAGAGUAGUUUGUACAUGUCGAGUGUAUAACACUGUUCUAUGAUGGUUUUUCUGAUGGUAUUUGUAUUUCUGUAAACACUUUGGUGAUCCUGUCAUAUCUGGGUUUUAUAAACCACGAUUAUUUUUAAAACUU